CGGCUGAUGAAAGAGUUGCAUGCAGACCGGCGGGCUGGAAAUAAAAUGCGGCUGACGAGCUGACAGGUUCAUUCGCGUUUUUACGGUUUUGUUUUAAGGAAUAAAAUAGUUUUAAAAUUAGCGAAAAAAGGGGUCGGUUUGUUGGGUUUCGGACGUUGGGAAUUUGUGGGGGUUUUUUUAGAAAAGGAACCGCGGACACUACUUCAUUCAGAAAUUUCAUUUGAAGGUGUACACUAGAAAUAAUAAUAACAGUAAUGUACAGAUUGCAGUCUCUCGUAAACCGGGGUUUAAUCGCCGGAACUCGGGAUCAGUAUGCGGAGUUAAAGCGCGUGCCCGGGAAAUGGCGGUCCUCGGUGUGGAGGUGCGGGAUGGAGCGGUACAGCACCGCCGAGGCGACCGCAGCAUCAGCAGCUCUCAGGAAGCCCAAGCUGAGAGAGAAGACGCUGAGCAUGGAGAACCUGAACGCGCAGGUGAAGGCAGUGGAGUACGCGGUGAGAGGACCGAUCGUCAUUAAAGCCGCGGAGAUCGAGAGAAUAAUACAGCAGGGAGGGAAGAAACCCUUCACAGAGGUCAUCAAAGCCAACAUCGGAGAUGCCCACGCUAUGGGACAGCAGCCAAUCACAUUCCUCAGACAGGUGGUGGCUCUGUGCACAUUCCCCGAGCUCAUGGACAGCCCGAGUUUCCCCGAGGACGCAAAGUGGAGAGCACGGCGCAUCCUGCAGGGCUGUGGAGGACAGAGCAUUGGUGCGUACAGCUCCAGCGAGGGUGUUCAGUGUGUCCGAGAGGACAUCGCAGCCUACAUCGAGCAGAGAGAUCAGGGAGUUCCAGCUAACUGGGACAACAUCUUCCUCAGCACCGGAGCCAGCGAUGGCAUCAUGAGCAUUCUGAAGCUGCUGGUCUCAGGUGAAGGUCGCAACCGUACCGGGGUGAUGAUCCCGAUCCCUCAGUACCCGCUUUACUCCGCCGCCAUCACUGAGCUGGGUGCUGUGCAGGUCAAUUACUUCCUGGACGAGGACAACUGCUGGGCGCUGGAUGUUAACGAGCUCCACAGAUCGUACCAGGCUGCUAAACAACACUGCCAGCCUCGAGUCCUCUGCAUCAUCAACCCCGGAAACCCCACCGGUCAAGUACAGAGCAAGAAGUGUAUCGAGGAUGUCCUGCACUUCGCCUACGAGGAGAACCUCUUCGUUAUGGCUGAUGAGGUGUAUCAAGAGAACGUUUAUGCUCCUGACUGUGAGUUCCACUCGUUUAAGAAGGUGCUGUAUGAAAUGGGACCAGAGUACUUUAACAGCGUGGAGCUGGCCUCCUUCCACUCCACCUCCAAAGGUUACACGGGAGAGUGUGGAUUCAGAGGAGGCUUUAUGGAGAUCAUUAACCUGGACCCAGAGGUCAAGGCCCAGCUGGUGAAGCUGCUUUCGGUCAGACUGUGUCCCCCCGUGUCCGGACAGGCUGCCAUGGACGUGAUCGUGAAUCCUCCUCGAUCGGACGAGCCUUCCUACACGCAGUUCCACAAGGAAAAAGCAGCCGUGCUUGGAGCUUUAGCAGAUAAAGCGAAAUUAACUGAGCAGAUCCUCAACGCUGUGCCUGGGAUCAAGUGUAAUCCAGUGCAGGGAGCCAUGUACGCGUUUCCUCAGAUUUUCAUCCCUCCGAAAGCAGUGGAAGAAGCUAAGGCUUUGGGAAUGCAGCCAGACAUGCUGUACUGCCUGAGGCUCCUCGAAGAAACGGGAAUCUGCGUGGUCCCUGGCAGUGGCUUCGGACAGAGAGAAGGCACAUACCAUUUCAGAAUGACCAUCCUGCCAUCUCACGAAAAGCUGAAGGUGCUCCUGGAGAAGGUGCGAGAUUUCCACAUCAGGUUUCUAAAGGAGUACACGGACCUUCAGGACUCUCAGUGCAGCGUCCCAGCAUGAGCCGCUGACCACAGGACACGUCUGAAACGUUACUUAACACGCUAACUACAUGUAGCAGUACUGUUAAGUGACUUUUUAUGUAUAUAAAAUCCCCGUAAUCUGCUUUAAAUCCCCUCAGAAAAUUCCCUACAGUUGAACAGUACUGUUGUUUCAUGAUCUAUGUGCCUUUGUGCUACUGUAAAAUAAUUAGGAAUGAGACAGAGUCAGUAGAGUUUAGUCAUGAAGGAACUAACACUAAAGCAUGAAAUGAUAAAAAGCUUCAUUUUUAGGUGAAUGCGUGAAAAUGAUAAUGUUUUACAUUUUCAUCUACAUUUAAAACAUCUUCAUUAAAGCAUCAUUUCAUCUUCAUUCAUUUCAUCUUCAUUCAUUUCAUCUUCAUUAAAUAGUUUAACGUUUUUAUUUGGACCUCUUUCAUGGUAUUACAACGCCUCUUUAGUUAUAUCCCUUAUAAAUUAAAAUACUGUGUGGUCUUAAAAUGUACGGAAUUUUAAACUUUUAGGGCGUUCGUUAGCAAGCUAACUAACGUUCGGCUGACUUCCAUGCACUUAAACCACCGGCCGCUAAUAAGCUAGCUAACACUUGGCUAAGCACCAUACAUUUAAAACCACCGGCCGCUAAUAAGCUAGCUAACGUUCGGCUAACUACCAUGCAUUCAAAACCACCGGCCGCUAAUAAGCUAGCUAACGUUCGGCUAACUACCAUGCACUUAAACCACCGGCCGCUAAUAAGCUAGCUAACACUUGGCUAAGCACCAUACAUUUAAAACCACCGGCCGCUAAUAAGCUAGCUAACGUUCGGCUAACUACCAUGCAUUCAAAACCACCGGCCGCUAAUAAGCUAGCUAACGUUCGGCUAACUACCAUACAUUCAAAACCACCGGCCGCUAAUACGUUUGCUAACACUUGGCUAGCGAUUAUGUAAUUAAAUCCGAUUGUGUAAUUAAUAAUGUCGCUGGCAUGCUAACAUCAUGCUACAUGCUAACUGAAUGACUCCAUUUUAACCAGUAGCUGGUGAACUGUCCAACAGUACGUAGAAUUGUAGAAUUAAAAGCUUUAGAAUGAAAAAAAAAAUAUUUUAGUGUGUUCAUAUUCAUAUUUUACAGAGUCUCUGCUUUAUUUCUAUUAAUAAGAGAUGUGAAAAGCUGAGCUCUGUACUGACGCAUGCUCUGUUUAAAACACUCUUGCCCUCCCAGGGAAAACUGCUGUAUGCAGCAUUAAGUAACGCACACUGGGACAGAUUUGGUGCCAUGUCACAAACGCACAUUUUUAUUAAUAUUAUUAUUAUUAUUUUAUUCGUCUGAAGGUUAAUUUUUCACAUAAGGUGCCUAACAUAUUGUGAACAUGUUUAGAAGUUAAAUAGUGAAGGAGAGUGUCUCUGCACCUUAUUUUCGUUGUUGUUUUGUUUGUCUUUUUUUCCCCUUCAGGAGUGUUGUUACAGCUCUCAUGUGCUAUUCAGUUUGUGUUUUUGUAUUAAGGAAAAAACAAAUUGCAAAUUUUAAUUUCUAAAAGGUGACGAAUAUUAUAUAAAAUUUUUGCAUAUCAGAUCUUGAGAUUUUCCAAACCUUUUUCACCACUGUUUACAAAAUACUCAUUUAUAUUGUGUUUGUUUUGUUUUGUUCAUAACCUACAAGCUAAAGCAGUAUUUCCUUAUUCUGGAAAAGUUUUUGUCCUAUUUUGACCAUUUCAGAAAACACUCGAACCAGAACGAUGAGGUUGUCCUCUUGUGUACGCAGUAAACACCUUGAAAAAGAUGGCUGCCGUGAAGGACAUGACAUUUUUCUUUCCUUUGUAAGCAAAAGCCUUGCUCAGAGACGACACGGGUCUAUGCAGCCUCCUGACAAAUACAAUGUAAAUGAAGUGUCCGUGAUAUCGAUUAUAUUUUACUGAUUAUCUGCACAUGCAUAGUCUCAAAAGAUUUGGACUACUGCCUUAUUGUCACUUCAGUGAGUUUGCCUUUUAUUUGUGGAAAAACAUGUCAUGAAUUUAGAAUGAUAAAAGUUUUGUUUGAGAUUUUAAAGGUACAUCCACUUUCUUCUGUCAUUGUUUGCACUCAUUUCGCAUUUCUUCAUUAAUGUUUCACCUGACUAUUGUUAUGUAAAUAGUAAUGAAAUUAAAUGCCAAAUUAAAAGCUGUCAUUAAAAUGAAGACUGUUA